AUGGCGCAUGAUGUGUACAGACAUCUGAAUGAAUGAACGCUCGGCUGAUUGCGAAAGGCAGCAGGAGGAUACUCCUCUGGGAAUGAAGCGCCUCCCCUUUAAUCGCUCGGUUGAGUUGUUCCUCUCUCCCGGAGCUGUCGUCGCUCUCUCCUCACUCGCACAUUUUUAUUUUUUUCAGAAGGAACUCCUGAUGGAUUUCGGUGCGCUCGGGUUCCUGGAAGAAAGGAUUCAGAAUCUUCCUGUAUUCUCAUCCUUCUGAGGUUUCGACAAGCUUUACGGCGAGGAUUUACAAGCCCUUCCUGGGUGUUUUUCUUUUAAUCGUCAGUGACAUGAAGAAACGCGGAUUUGUGCGUCCGAAGUGGCCGAGGGACUGAAUUGGCGUGUCGUCUGCCCAGCACCAAUUUUGGAAGCUGAAGCGCCAUGGCCAAGUGGCUGAAGGACUACCUAAGCUUUGGUAGGAAGGUGCCCCCACAGCCACCUACACCAGACUACACAGAGAGCGAGUUCCUCAAAGCCUACCGCCUCCAGAGAGACCUGGACUUUGAGGAUCCCUAUGAGGAUGCCGAGAGCAGGUCCAGAGAGGAAUCUGGGACUCUCGACCCCUCCACACCGGUGUACGGGUCUCCUAUGAAGUCUUCCAGUGUGGACGUGAAGUCUCCUAAACACAGGCUGAUCAAAGUGGACUCCCAGGAGCUGGGACGUACCAAGAUUCUCCUCAGCUCCAUUUCUUUGGAGGAUCAACAGGAGCCCGUGGUGCCGUCAGCCCCGAUGGCAGGGGACACAGAUUAUUCCGAUCCAUUCGAUGCUCGACUGGAACACCGACCAGACCCAGAUCUCGGUCCUGUCCCCUGCGAGAAUAACGGCUACAUGGAGCCAUAUGAAGCUCAAAGGGUCAUAACAGAACUACAACGAACCCCCGCGGGUGGACGAACGCGGGGAGGGAUGCAGCUCUAUGACACUCCGUAUGAAGACGAGCGAGGGCAGCGCCUGGGUCAUGUGUACGGAGAACUUCACGAGGAGGGCAAGGAGGCCAGCAGGCUGCCGCAAGACGACGAGAGGCCAGCUGACGAGUACGACCAACCCUGGGAAUGGAAGAAGGACCACAUCUCCAAAGCCUUUGCAGAAAUGAGGGAGUUGACGGAGUUGCCCUGGCCUGCCCCAGUAGGUCAGCUGGAGGAGGAACCCCCCGUCAGAGAGCAAGCACAGUUUGAUGGCACAGAAUGGGACCGCUCAUCGUCGCCCACAGAGCGGUUGCGUCCCGCGGGUCCCAGGUCGAGCCCGCUAGCAGCAGGAGGAGGGCUGAAGUUCCGAACAGCUCAUGAAAGCCCCACCAUGGUGGGAGAGCGAGUAGACCCCACUCUGCCUCUGGAAAAACAGGUAUGGUACCACGGCUCACUGUCGCGCUCAGAGGCAGAGUCGCUGCUGACGCUGUGUAAAGAGUGCAGCUACCUGGUGAGAAACAGUCAGAACAACCGCUCUGACUUCUCCCUGUCUCUCAGGAGCUGCCAGGGUUUUAUGCACAUGAAGUUCUCCCUGUGCAAAGAUGGGAAGUACGUGCUGGGACAGAACAGCCCGCCCUUUGACACCAUUCCCGAGGCCGUCCACUUUUACACCACGCAUAAACUCCCGAUACGAGGCGCGGAGCAUCUGUCCCUGCUCUUCCCGGUGCAGGUGCAGACCCUCUGAUUGGCCGUGACUCUGUCCUGCGGACCUCAAUGAUUCAUUUUCAUGACGUUCAAACAGGAAUGUUGGACCUGGAAAUCUCAGCGGAGUGAAACUGAUUCAUAUUUCUCUCUUUUUUUUUUCCACUGGAUUACUUGUAGUGUUUCAGCACACGAGGUACUUAUGCUCUCAGCUGUUGCAUCUGUGCCAAGUGUAUAACAUCUUGGGGAUCAAUUCCCAUCAAAUGCAGUACCAGAGCUAUCAGCACCUUUGCUGCAACUCCUCAUCUAUGAGCUUAACCAAGCGGGCUUACUUCAGAGCAUCUGCUUCACUUCAUUUUCUUUCUCAGUCGUUGGAUACGCGCUGAGUUUUCGAAGCCCGGUCGCUGCGAGAAAGCCUGCACGUUGUGAAUGUACUGCUUCUUAGUUUACCCACGAGCAGAAGAUACAUUGUAAAUUAUUACCAUGUAUCCCUAAAUCAUUUUACAACCUUAAAACAGAGAACUGUUGGUUUGAAACCCUGCAAACUGAUAAUUGGGCUAAUUUUUCAUUCCCCGUAAUAAAAUCAGUGAAUUGGACUAAAUAAGACAGGAAACUGUUGUUUAAAGGCCAAGUCUGUAAUGGAAAGAAAGAUAUUUUUAAAGACAAAUGAUUUUUACCUACACCAAUAAUGGUUCAGAUUUCUUUUUUCUUUUCUUUUUUUACAAAAUCACACCCGUUGAAUUCAAGGCAGCCUAUUUUGUACGGUUUAAGCAUCGCUCGACACAUUUCAGUGUUAUUUGUUGAUUGUUGUAUUAAAAAAAUGCAUUGUCCUGGUACUUGAUAAAAGUGAGUUUUAACUCUUGUUGUCUGCACUUUUUGCAGUUACAUUUGCCCUGCGCAGCCAUUUUUUCUGCCGGUGUCUUAACACCGACUUUAAAAUCAGAUCCCGCUGCACACAGAGCUGCAAAUUACACGGCAGAGAUUCAGCAUUUACUGAGACGUUAAAAACCUAGAAAGGCUGGCAGUGUUUUCGGUCAUUUUCUCACUUCCUACAGAGUUUUGUCUGCCAACUCAUCACAUGGAUGGAUGUAAGCUGUUCUCGAAUCUUGCCGUCUGGAGUGGGUUGAAAUGCUGCAGUAUUUUUAAGUUUAAAUUGGUAUUAGGUAAAUGUGUUUUCCCACUACUGGAGCUAGCAGUUUUAUUGAAGUCAUUGUUUCCUUAUCCAGAUGUCUAAAUUGCUUUGGUUACUCUAUUUGACCUACUAAGUUGAGUUCUAUCUGUAUUUGCAACAAAGUGAAGUAUGAAAAUUUAUUAUAGCAAACCAAAAGUUUUUAUUACUUUACUACGAUUUACUGUUUUGCUCAAUAUCUCAAAGAUUA